ACAUAUCUAUUCUCUCUCUCUCUUCUCCACUUGACUCGCUGAUCUGAUAUAAAAUUUGUCUCUGAACAGUUCAAAUUUUUUAAAACUCUCUCUCUCUCGGAGUAUUUUUAACUUAAAUUUUUGUUUCGAUUCCCCAAAAGCGUCCCUUUUCCAACUUCUGAUUCAAAACUCGUAUAUAAUCCGAGAAAAAUUUACUUUCUUGGCUAAGAAAAUCAUUGCCGAAUUUUCUUGGAGAUUCUCGCCUCCCCAACCAACUUUAGGAUUCCGUGGUGGGUUUGUGUCUUUGUGGCAAAAGAUUAAAAUGGUUUUUGACUUUCCAUGAGAUAAAGAAGAAGAUCAUCAAGAAUUAUUCCUAGUUUCGAAAUUGAGUGAAGAUGUCAUGAUUGUUCAUUUUGACCGUUUGGUUUAGAUUGUCCCUCCAGCUUGAUUAGGGUUUGUUUGGGUUUCAAGAAAUGGUAAGCAUCUUUGUCAAAUAUCCAGUUUGAGCCAGAAUGCAGGAGAUAAUUGUUGUUAGGUGUAUACAAAAGCUGCUUCUCUUUGGACAUGCUGUGUGUUUACCACACAAAUAAAAACUAUCAAACUGUCAUUUGCCAUGUGUUAGGAGAUUUUUUGACAAUUGAAAAUACAUAAAUAAAUAAAGUGAUAUGGGUACAAAAGAUAGUCAAGAUGCUACGGAUUCCCCUCCUAAAGUGGAGGUGGGAGAGAUUGAUACUAGCGCACCAUUUCAAUCUGUUAAAGAUGCUGUCACACUCUUUGGUGAAGGUGCUUUCUCAGGUGAAAAAUUGGCCAUCAAGAAGGCAAAACCUACAGAGUCCAUCUUGGCCAAGGAGACUCAGCUUCACAUAUCCAAGAAAGAGCUGAAGAAGUUAAAGGAUCAACUGAAGAAUGCAGGAACAACAAAGGCGCAAGCACUUACUGAACUUGAAAGUGCUAAAAGAACAGUUGAGGAUCUGACUCAAAAACUGAGAACUAUCACUGAAUUAAAAGAUUCAGCAAUUAGGUCAAGAGAAACUGCAAAAAAUAAGGCAAAACAAAUGGAAGACACUAAGACUGGUGAUAUUUCUGGAUCUGAUGGUGCUAGGAAUCAUGACUUGGAAUCUGCCAGGGAACAGUAUAUGAAUGUAUUUACUGAACUUGACACUGCAAAGCAAGAGCUUCGAAAGAUUCGACAGGAAUGUGAUGCAUCAUUGGAAGUAAAACUUGCUGCCUUAAACCAAGCUGCUGAAGCAGAAGAUGCAGCCAAAGCAAAUGUAGAAAAAGCUGGCGAGCUCUCUAAGGAAAUCUCAGCUCUACAGGAAUCGAUUGGGCAAGUGAAGCUUGCUUCUCUUCAAGCCCAGCAAGAGCAAGCACAAAUAUUUGCUGAAAAGGAUGUUCUGAGGCAGUCCUAUAAAGCAACCCUGGAAACAUCUGCAAGUAAACUGCUUGGAUUAAAGAAUGAGUUUGAUCCUGAACUUGCUCAGAAUCUUGAAAAGCAACUAGCUGAAACAAUGAAUGAGAUUGAUGCCCUGCAAAAGCAGAUGGAAAAUGCAAAGGCAUCUGAUCUAGAUUCUGUGAGAACUGUCACGUCAGAGCUGGAUGGUGCUAAGGAAUCAUUGCAGAAAGUAGCAGAAGAGGAAAGUUCCUUGCAAAGCUUGUUGGAAUCUCUGAAGCUGGAGCUUGAGAAUGUGAAGAAGGAGCAUUCUGAAUUGAAGGAGAAAGAGGCAGAAACAGAAUCCAUUGCUGGGAAUCUGCAUGUUAAGCUCCGAAAAAGCAAGGCUGAGCUUGAAGCAGCCCUUGCACAGGAAUCUAAAGCGCGAGGUGCCUCUGAAGAAAUGAUCUCAACUCUCCACCAGCUAUCAUCUGAAGCAGAGAAUGCACGACAAGAAGCUGAAGAAAUGAAGCUCAAGGCUGAGGAGUUGAAGAAGGAAGCUGAAGCAACCAGGAUUGCAUUUGAGGAAGCAGAAAAGAAGCUAAGGAUUGCUCUGGAAGAAGCUGAGGAAGCAAGAACGGCAGAGUCAAGGGCACUUGAUCAGAUUAGCAUGUUAUCAGAGAGAACUAAUGCUGCACGUGCUUCAACUUCUGGGUCUGGUGCCAAUAUCACGAUCUCAAGGGAAGAGUUUGAGGCCUUGAGCCGGAAAGUUGAGGAGUCUGACUCUUUGGCAGAAAUGAAAGUGGCAGCUGCCAUGGCUCAGGUCGAAGCUGUAAAGGCUAGUGAAAUUGAGUCUCUCAAGAGAUUUGAGACAAUACAGAAGGAGAUUGAGGAUAUGAAGGUUGCAACUCAGGAGGCUCUUAAGAGGGCAGAGAUGGCUGAAGCAGCCAAGAGAGCAGUUGAGGGUGAACUUAGAAGGUGGCGUGAACGAGAGCAAAAGAAGGCAGCUGAAACUGCAUCCCGUAUUCUUGCAGAAACAGAAAAGUCAUUAGAAUCAUCCCCGCGUCAUUAUAGGAUUCAAAAGCAGAACCCAGCACCACAUAAAGUUGAGGUCCGGAAGUUGGAGAAAGAAAAGAAUUCUGUUUCCAAGAAAGCACUUUUGCCUAAUCUCAGUGGUAUUUUCCAGCGGAAGAAAAACCAAAUUGAAGGUGGGUCUCCUUCUUACCUGCCUGGUGAGAAGCCUGUCUGAAACUUGUGUUUGCAAGACCUUUGUGUGAUUAUUAAUUGUUGAGAGAGGCGAUGUUUAUGAGUUGAUUGUGUGUACAUUUGAAACUAGUGGAAUCAAAUUGCAUGAAUCUCUGGUCUCUUUGAGGAAGAAGAGUGAAUAUUUAAAGGUUAGAAGGGAAGCAAGUUUAGGGAAGUGUGGAUUUUGUAUAUGGGACAAGUUAUUAGAUAAUGAUUGAGGAUCUGCAUUAGGAAAUGAUUUCUUCCUUUUUAAGAUUGUUUCUUCAAGCGAUGGAGGCGGAAACAAGUGAGCCCCUUUUAACUUGGGCAGGGUGGCCCUUGACAGAUGGGUUGGCAAUGGUGAACACCUAACAGUGAUGCUUUCUGGACCGCAUUGAAUCUGUCAUCUGACUAGAAUUGGGUGAGUGAGAGCCUGCUUUAAGUGGGAUAACCCCCAAAAAAUCAAGUAUCCAUCAUUUUAUUGAUUUUAAAAAGCAGAGGUCGGAUGAUAAUUCAUUUUCAGGUUUGGUUGGGCUAACUUUCUUCACCAACCCUAA